AACCCAAAUCACCCCCCACGGCACCAGGUCCAGGGAGGACCUCAGUUCAGUGUUUACUGUUACAUCAAGAGCAGUGAAGAGAAGAAGCCUCGAUCUUGUGUCUUGUGUACGUUGGUCGCAGGACACAUCAACUUCACAAAGAAAACAGACGACUCUACUCGAACAAAUGAAGGGAUUGCAAGUCCGUGAUUAGUACAAAAUGAUGCCAGUGCCGUCGGCCGAAAAGCGGCCUCUAAAACGGCAGAAAAUCGGCCCACCUGAUGUUUAUCCACAAGACGCCAAACAGAAAGAGGAUGAGCUUGAUGAUGUUAGUGUUAAACAAGGGUUUGUACAUAGACCUCAGAUUCAGGAUGAAUAUGGCAGUGCUCAAAAUACAUCCAUUACUUCUGCAAAGGUGGCUAAUUAUUUUAAUGCAAUCCUCAAGAAGAAAGCCGAAUCUAAUCAGUUACCAGAUACUGCUAGAAAAAAGCAGCAGAUAAAUAUAAAAGACAAUUUUUGGCUUGUAACUCCAAGAUCGAAAACUGCUAUAGAAGCUUGGUUUAAAGACCUUGCUGGUUCCAAGCCUCUUACUUCACUUGCUAAGAAGAUUCCAAUCUUCAGUAAAAGAGAAGACAUGUUCCUAACAUUGUGUGAAUACAGUGUUCCAUUCCUACGUGCAACUUGGUUCAUUAAGAUGACUUCUGCUUAUCAUGAAUCAAAAGUAGCUGAAUCAAAGAUAAAAAAACGUCAGCAACCUGAUAUAGCUCAAGAAUGGACACAGACAUUAACUCGACUUCUUCGAGAACAACAUAAUAAGAUUGCCGAGAUGUACCUUGGGAAUACCAAUUCAGCUUCAGCCACCCCUUCAGCAGGUUCAACACCAAAUGCCAACAUUCCUUCAGGUUCUAUGACACCAAAUAGUGCUACAUCUGCAGGAGUCACUUCCACAACCCAGCCACCCCAGUCUUCUCCUCAUAAUCAAGGAAUGUCAGGGUCUGGUGGUGGGCUUGUAAGUGGUGGAGCCCCUGGCCAAACAACUACAGCACAGCAAACUCAGUUGCGUUACUGGAAUUAUUGUCUUCAGCUUGCCCAUUUCAUGUACCAGGAGGGUCUCCUAGAUCGUCAAGAAUUUCUUGAGUGGGUUGUUGAAGCCUUUGUACGGUGGCGGGGUGCAGAACAUGAUGUUGUCCUUCGUGUAGUAUUAGCGUUACCUCUUCAGUAUCUUGAUGAAAUAACACAGUCAGAAUACCUUUCACGCAAGUUGUCCUAUUACUCGGCUUCUAAGUUAGCUCAGCUUUGUCAUGACUCAGGAUAUUCAUCUCCACGUCCACAGUCACCAGUCAACCAGCCAACUACAGGAUUGGCGGUAAAUGGUCAAGGGUCAAGUGGAACCCAGUCUGCGAGUGCAAACAUUAAUCCUUUAGCAGCAACCUUUCAGGAACUUUUAGCUUGUCAUCAGCAUCGGCCUAUUGUAUUGGCAACAUCAUGUUUCAUACAGGCCAUUACCCUUGAUUGUCCUACUGCAAUGGUUUGGAACAGUGCUGGUGAAGGAAAGCCAACUUCUUGGUUGACAGGGUCUCCAUUAGACCUUCUUCCAUGUGCACCUUCUGAUCUACCAAUGCCUCCAAGAUAUAAUAACCAGCAUAUAAGGUCAAUGCUGAUUUCAUUUCACUUAGAAGGAGAAAUGUCUCAACUACGAUCAAUGGAGGAUCAUAUUCGCCAAAGGAGUAGAGCUGCAGAAAACAGGUGGUCUUUAGAUAAAUACACAGUCAAUGUCACAGGUAGUGUCAAUUAUCAGUCUGUCCAAGUUGAUAAGUCAUCUGCCAUAGCGGACGGUCCCCUUAAUGGAGGAAGCUACAAAGUAUUGCAGAAAGGAUCGACUAUAAAUCGAGUACUGGGAGCCCUUGAUGCCUUAGAUCGUCAUUGCUUUGACAGAGUGGACUCAACCAAUUCUUUAGAUACUCUCUACACCAAAAUUUUUGGAUCAUCCAAAGAACCAGCCAAUGAGAAUCCAAGCAGCAACAGUAGCGUGGGAAGCAAUGCAGGUCCUGGAAAUGCAAACAACAACAGUAACCAGAACAACAACAACAGUGAUGAAUCAAUUGUUCGCACGUUAUGUGAAUGGGCUGUAUCUGUACAGAGAUCAGGAGAGCACAGAGCAUUGGUGGUAGCUCGAUUGCUGGAGAAAAGGCAGAAUGCAUUGAUGUCAGUUGAUAAUGAUCUUCCAGAUGAAAAAGAUUCAGUUACCUCAAACCAGAUGGUUGCUCCAAGUGGUUGUGUUUUCCAGAACCUACUCCUAAAGUUCUUGGAUGUUCAGGCUCCAGUUUAUGAUGAAAAUGCUUUGUCUGUGAGGUCGCAAGAAUUUGGUAAUCUCGUUCUCUUGUUUUCUGAGUUGAUUCGACAAGAUGUUUUUAGCCAUGAUGCAUACAUGUGUACACUUAUAUCUCGUGGAGACUUAGCUGCAGGCACACCUGACCUAAAAGCUGACUUAUCAUUUGGAGAAAAGAAGGAGGAGGGAACAGAUAAUAUUGAUGAUGACCUCGGCAAGAUUCUCCAAAAGAUAGCAGUGAACACAAGUUUAGAGGAAUCAGGAGCUGGAGGCCGUGGUGAAUUAGGAAGUGAGGGAAAACAAAGGCCCCCAAGGCAUUUGGUAUAUGCCCAGCAUUUUCCCCUUCCUCAAGAUGAUGCCUACAUGCAUGAGAUAAAUCAGAGAUAUGUACUGCUGUAUGGUGUAGGCAAAGCACGGGAUGAAGCAAGAGCAGCGGUAAAGAAACUAACAAAGGAAAUAUGCAAACUUUUCAGCAAGAAGUGUAGCAUUGACAUUGCAGAUGGAGGUAAAGUGAAGAAGUCUUCAAGAGGUGAAUUCAAUUUUGAAAAUAUCAUGAGCAGGUUUUGCACUUUAUCCUACUUUGACCAGCACCACAUCACAAGCACUGUUGCAUCUCAGGUUUUGGAAAUGCUGUCAGGUUGCGGCUCUGGAAUGUCCAAUUAUCUCCCAACUCAUGACCAUAUUGCAUUUUUGAUGGACUUGAUGGAAGUGGCACUGAAUGUACAUGGCUUAAUUGAACUUUGUAUACAGAUCAUCAAAGAAAUAAGUGAAAUAGAGGCACAAUUAGUAGAACGUGGCUGUUUGGCUGGCUGGUAUUGUCCAACGCUAUUGCUUCAUGUUGUUGGUGUUCUUCGUAAAUAUCACUGUUGUCUAUUAGUGACUCAAGAACAGACUUCUGCUGCAUUUGAAAGCCUUUGCCGUCUUGCUAAAGCUAAUCCUGCCGAUUGCUCUUCACCAGAAAGGGUUAUUUUUGCAUAUCUCCAUGAGUUGUAUGGAUCCUGCUCAUUUUUAAAGUCCAAGUACCAUGAACUGUUUUCGGUUAUGAAUCCAAAGAUCAAGCAAGCAAUUUUUUCCAGUAUUAACCCUGGCCAGGGUACUUACCGUUGGUCAUUGCAGUUUAUGGAUGACUACAUAAAAAAUCCUAAACUUAAGGUUGACCCCAGUAUCUUCAAGCAGUUGGCAGACCCAGCAAAUCGUUAUAGUUUUGUAUGUAAUGCAAUUAUUGAUGCAUGUUCAGCAAAUACUUCAAAUGAAAAGCUUAAUGACAUGGCCAUCCUUUGUGCUGAAUUAACUUCUUCGUGCAAUGCCCUGUCCGGAGAGUGGCUAGGAGUUUUGAAUGCAUUGUGCUGCUCAUCCAAGGAUAGCCCAGGUUACAUAGAUGUGUUGGGUCAAGUGGGUCUUCGAGAUUCAUGCAGCCCAACAAUUCAUAGCUCUCUAGCAGUUUUCACCACCAUUCUCAUUGCACGUCAUUGCUUUACGCUUCCAGAAUUUUUGAAGUGUGUAGCACUACCUUCACUUGUUGAGGCUUGGAAUACUGGUGAAGGAAAUCCUGAAGCAGAACCUGGCGCUCGUCUGACAUGCCAUUUGUUGUUACGAAUUUUCAAAAGUGUUGAUACGCCACAUCCCUCUCAGUAUUCUGCUGGAUCAUCGCAAAGUGUACCAACAAGCAUGUCGCAACGCAGUAUUCGUUUGAGUUGUGACCGUCAUCUUUUAGCAGCAGCUCACACUUUUAUUACUCUUACUCCAGUUUUAGCAGUUUUAAAGGCUAUGUUGAUUGUUAGUGAUGUCUUGAGUGGACAGAGCAAGAGCCAGGCAUCUAUUUCUGACAUCCUUGGAACAUCUGACAUGGGCAGUGGCUCUAAUGACUCAGAUAUGAUGGGGAAAGAUGCUGAUAAAGCAUCGCUAGCCGACUUUGCUCGAUAUGCAUUGCGUCAGAUAUGUUCUCAGGAAUGGGUAAGAGAGCGAUGUUUGAAAAUUCCGGAGGAGCUGUGUAGUGCCGAGAAUCUACUUGAUAGUACACUCACACCCCGACAGGCUCAACGUUUACUACAUCAGAUCUGUCAUCCAGACUCCCCAAAUACACAUAAUGACACUUCACAAGAUCAGCGAACUGUCAUUUCUCACAUACUUCAAGAUCUAGAUGAGUGGACACUUCGCAUUUCAUGGUUAGAUCUGCACCUUAUGUAUGAACAGCAGCGCACUCAGCCUCAGGAACUAAAUGCUUGGCUUGACAAUGUUGCUCAGGCAGCCAUUGAAGUCUUCCAUCUAAGCCAUGAUACAAACACAACCUCCCAUUCUCUUUCACUAUCAUCACAAAGGGCCCAUAAACCCCAGUCAAUAUGUUUGGUUGCUCCACUUAUAUCCAAGCUCCCUAAGGCUGUCCAAGGUCGGGUGCUAAAAGUUGCAGGUCAAGUAUUGGAGUCGGUGAAUUUUGGAGCUUAUUCAGGCAAUUCAAAGCCAAGUGACAGUGAGGGAGCCUCAACAGAAGGAGCUGUUUCAAGCCCUCCUCCAAGUCAUAGUCAACCAAGUAGUGUUAGCAGUAAUGGCAUGGAAAAUCCAUCACCUUCUUGGUCUUUAGGCCACUGGCCUCUUGCGUCCCAUCGACCAUUUCUGCAGCUUGUCUUGAUGUGUUUGGAUGGACAAGAUGAUCAGUUAUCUGAACUUUUAGAAUCUCUCAAGACACAGCUAACUCAAUCUUUGUUUUCACCCAAAGAGGAAAAACCAGGAGCUUUAACAGUAACAUUUCCUGAAGAUGGUCGUAGCCGUCAGUUAAUGUUGGAGGCUCUGAGUCUUCGGUUUGCACUUGUGGGAGGACUCUUUGAUGUAAUAACAUCUUCGUAUUCCAACUCCAUCAUUACUGAGUGGGCACUGCUACUUGUUAAUCUCAUAAUCUUUGGGGUCAUUGAUUUAUCAAAUAACAGUGAACUGUUUAACACUGUCCUUGACAUGCUUGCCACUCUUAUCCAUUCAACUUUGAUGUCAGAUGGGGCAUCUGAAUCAAGAGAGGAAAACAGGCGACAUUAUUAUAACCUAGUUAAAAAGAUAAAGAAGGAAAUUGGUGAGCGAAACAAUGUCUCGCUUCGUCUGGUAAGACAGCUUAUACCCCUUCCAAAGCUUCAGGCAGAAAUUAUUACUCUUGAACCUUGGGGCUCUGUUACAGAUACAAAAGGCAACCGAUUACAAGAGUUUGAUAAAGACAAAAAGCAUGGUUUCCAAGCAGCUGAAAAGCAGAAACUGAGUCCUUGGGACAUACUAGAUGGGCACCGUAAUCCUGCUCCUUUAUCUUGGGCUUGGUUUGGUGCUACACGUUUAGAAAGAAAGCCACUCAAGUAUGAAGAGGCUCACAGAUUAUUAAGGUUCCAUACCCAUUCAAUGAACAAACCGCUGUCCUACUAUCUGGAACCACCGCCUCUUCCCCCAGAAGACUUGGAACCUGUCCCAGAUAAACAGCAGGUCAAAGAGGAGGUUAAAGCUCCUGAUACUCCUACAUCUGAUCAGUCUCCUCGUGCUGCUGCAAAACGGGGAUGUAAAUCACAGCGCAGUAGACGUCGCCCUGUCCGUCAGCAACAAGCUGUAACAAGUUUGGCCAGUCCAACUAUGCCUAAUAUGAACUACCCAAGUGGACCUGGAUUCACUGGACCUAAUCCAGCACAAUGGGGAACAGGGUUUAGUCAGCAGCAGCCACCACAGCAGCAGCAAGGUUAUUAUUCCCAGCAACCAUUACCUCCAGCUGGUGGUGCAAGGUUUCAGCCUACAAUAUCCCACAGCAGGGUUGCUAUUCGUCAGAUGUUAGGACAGCGUCACCCAGGUGGGCCUGCUAUGAUAACAGGACAGCCAACUAACCAAGGAUUCUCUAACAUGGCAGGAGGCACAAUGAGUAGUAUGCCACGUCAGACAAUGAUCAGGUCUGGUUUGCGACCAACUUUACCUCAACAAGCACCUAUGUACAGUAACACUGGAACUAUGCAAGCUGGCAUGCCCCAAGGAAUGCCAGGCCAGGGUCAGAUGUACUCAGCUAUGGGGACAGCUGGUCCUAGUGGCCCUCCUCCUGGAGGACCUCAGGGUCCUGGUCAGGGUGGUAUGGCCCAAUAUGGUUCAUAUCAGCAAGGGCCUAUGACUAGUGGUCAGAUGAUGAAUCAGGGUCCAGGUCCUGGUGGAGCUACAGUUCCAGGAGGUCCUGGAGGGCCUGGUAUGAUGGGACAAGGCUACCAAGGUGGUUAUCAGGGUAAUCCAGCCAUGAUGGGAAUGAGACAGCAACAGCCAACAGGUUACAUAGGUCAGAGCAUGGCGCAGUCCCAGUUGGUUCAACGGCCACAGUAUAUACAGGGACCAAGUGCCAAUGGAACCAUGGGUAUGAUGGCUGGGAAUCAAGGCUAUUCACGUGCUGGUAUGCAGCCCAUGGGCCCAGGUCAGCAAGGCAUGAAUCCUGGCCAAACAAUGGGUAAUCAGCAGGCCAUGGGAGGUGGUCAGACUAUGGGAACGAGGCAACAGAGUAUGGGCCCUGGUACUAAUAGUAUGAUGAGGCAACGUAUGAUGAUGGCAGGGGGACCUACCAAUGCCACACAAACAGGUCCUGGUGGACCUGGUCAGGGAGGAGGCCUUAUGUCUCAGUUAUCUUUAAACAGUGUUCAACAGCAGCAACAACAACAACAGCAGCAGCAGCAGCAGCAACAACAACAGCAGCAACAACAGCAGCAGCAGCAACAGCAGCAGCAACAACAACAGAUGAUGCAUGCAAAUUCUCAAGGAAUGGGUUAUCCACAGCCACCACCUUAUUAGACAAUAGUAAAAAAAAAAUUAACUUAUAAAGGGCCUAAGUCUGUUAUCAAGGAACUCAAUUUGCAAGCAGCAACUUUAUUUUUAUAAAUGAAUAGUACAAUGAUAGUGAUUCAGUGUAGAGAUUAAGAUAAAAUAUAAACUAGAGUCUUGGGUAUGAUAAAGUUCACUCUUAAGAGAUAAUUUAGUUAAAACCUUAAAUUUAAGGUGUGGAUUAUCAGAGAAAAAAGAAAUUGUAUUUGAAUGAUUUAAGGUCAUAUUACUUCAUUUUUUCAUGAAUAACAUAGCAGCCAGAUAUAGGGUAUUUUUGUUUACAUGAAUUUUGUGUUUGUGUGGGGAUUUUUAUGGUCUAGUAUAUAACCGAGAUGUACUGUUAUUUGUUGCUAGUGACCAAAUCAAAUUUCAGUGCCUAGAGAAUGUCAUUCCAUAUUUCAUUAUAGAUUUGUAUUUAAUUUCUAUAAAGAUAACAAUGGAAUAUCAGAUAGAAUGUCCCAGUGAAAGUAAGGUCUCUAGUUAAGAAAGCUGAUAAUGGUAGUUCUUGAUAUAAUUUCUCCAGUAAAUAACUGUUGAAAA